AUGCUUGAUCGAGGGCAACAGGUCCGACGGGCAAGGAAAGCCGCUUGUCGGUCCCGGCCGCCGAGUCUCCAAGCCGCGCCGUCCCUGGCGCCACAAGGGCCAUUCGAAGAUGCGACCGGUCACAACGUUGGGCACGGCUAUCCCCCCGCCAUAGACUCGCUCUACAUGACUCCCGAUGGACUACAGCUCUCGCCCGAGGAUAUCCAAUGGUCCACGGACAAAGGCGUUCCACCAACGUUCCUAAGUAUACCUCCAUUCCUCCACGAUCCUCAGGAGCUGUAUGACAGACUGCAUGGACACGACAAGUUCGAUCCACGCUGGCCAAAUCGUCAUUCACUUCCGUCCAAAGACUUGAGAAGCACCGUCAGUCUCGAUGCUCCAUCCUCGACAGGAUCAACUCUUUCUCCUGUCCAAACAGAACAAGGUGAAGUGUUGAUCGGUCCACGCUCGCCAAGUCCAAGUCACCUGGGCAGAGAGAUUGGCAAAGAAGACGCAGACGAACAUGCCAGGGAUAAUACAGAAUCUGAGCUUGCCAACUACAAAAAGCUGGUUUGCAUAGCACCCCACUGUCAUCUUUCGUUCGCGUCUGAUGCGGAUCUCCAGACUCAUGUUCAAGCUGUGCACACUCACGCAUGCAGUUGGGCUGGAUGCCCGCAGCCAAGUUUCGCCACCCGGAAAGAUCUUGCUUGGCACGUUAAAGUUGAGCACUUACUUAUGUGCCCCGUGUUAGAGUGUUCCGAUCAACCGUUCCAGAGCAGGCGUGAGUUGUCAUCCCAUAUUGCCGUAGAACAUCCAGGGUCUGGGCAGGAUGCUGUCAAGGAAUGGAAACUACCGUCGUCCGCCGCAGACAACAGAGAGACAAGUCCAAAAUUUCAUCACAACACAGAGUCGACGCCAACAAAGUCGGCAAUAAGUGUUGACUCAGAAACCAAGGCAGCUGUGGAAAAUGUCACGGUGGCGAGGGCCAAGAAGAAAUGCCAAGACCGGUUAUGGACCAUCAUCGAAAAGAAAGCUCGAAAGAAUGCCGGUACUCCUCGAGCCGGACAUGUCCCAACAGACCUUGUCCAGGCACGAACGACCCGUACCCUCGAGACAGCCAGCUUCCCACUCGUUUUCGAGCAUUCCAUCCUUCCAUUCCUGGCCGAGUUUGUCCCUAAAUGGUCCGGUCCUCGUCAUGUCAUUUCAUGUACGAGGGGUCGAACGGCCCAACACCGCCGAAUUUGUAUAAUGACAACAGCAAUGUUAUCGCGAACCCGGAAAAUCGUCAUCGCCCGACACGUCGCCGACCUACUCCCUGACAAGUAUAGACGCUUAGUGAGUUUUGUCUUCUCUGUCGGCCAAAUAAGUCGUGCUGCACGCUGGGCUAGAGGCCUUAGUCAGACGCACCCGGAUGACAUUCUGUCUGCCAGGAACCCAUACCAUUUCAGUUGUCCAUGUAUGGGUGACAGUGUGGGCAUUCCGGGAGAGGAACUUAUUGAGGAGAGUACAGCCACAUUGGGUCCUUGCUUAGACGUUGACGGGGGAUCAUACUGGCUAGUAAACUUUCACCCUUUUUUGGCUGCGUACCAGAACUUGCCAAUGGUGAAGAUCGAACACCCUUCCCCGCAGGACCGAGGUCCAUGUUUAGCUGAGGGACAUGACUGCCUCUCGGACGAGACAGACUUCAAGCUGGGUCUUCUUACCGUUACAUCUGGUCUGAAUCUGAAGACGACAAGAAUUUCACAUGAUCCCUAUUGGGGGGACAACGAGAUGGAGCAACCACUCGUAGUCACUGACUGGGCUCUCGUAACUUCUAGCAGAAAGUCGGGAGGCAGAGCCAACAUUCUUCGUCGCUUCCCUUCAGAAACUCAGCCGAUCAUUAUGGAACCCCUCAUUAGAUCGGUAUGCGGCGGGACGAGCGGCAUCAGCCCGGGUGCUGCUGUCGUAUCCAGCGGCCGAACAUCAGGCUACCAAAGAGGGACGGUGUGCGAAAUGCCCGCCUAUGUAAGCGCUGAAGAGAACGGUACCGGAAAAGCAACUCGUGAAUGGUUUGUGGAAGAGCCGUUCUCCUCAUGUAGUAGUGAGGACUCUUGGAUACGUGGAGGUAUUGGAGUUGAGGGUGACAGUGGUGCUGCCAUCGUGGAUGCAGAAACCAAUUGUCUUUAUGGCCAGCUAUGGGGACGUAACAAGUACUGGGGUCCUGGUCCUCGAAUCACAUUCUUCACUCCUGCUGCUGAUAUCUUUGACGACAUCCAGGAGAAAUGCGGAUUGCAGCGUCGUCCUGAGUUGCCUCAGGCCCGAGACGAAGAGGACCGUUAUGCCGCCUACCCUUCUUGUCGACGGUGUUAUGACCUGAAAACAUACCAAGACAGCCGAAGAAGCUCGCGGGCAUCGUUACAGAGUAUGAUCAACUACAGGGGUGAAGCGGAGCCUGACUGGACGCCGAAUGAGCAUGUAUCUGAGUUGGCUACACCACAAGAUUGCCACAGUGGAGGCACGGGCAUCGAGGAAAUUGGCUCAUCUUUCGUAAACAGCGCUUCACCGAUGCCGCCUUUUGAGUUCCUCCCAGAUGGUGAAUCGGCCGGGUAUUAUUAUCCAACGACACUUGUAAUAGAUGAGACCCGUGGUAUUCCAGGAGAACCGGACUUUGGGGAUGUUCUUGAAGCUACUGCCUUGGAGCAAGUGCCGAAGCGAGGAUCUAUCUGCCUAGAUCAGACCCCCAUAUUGACCUCGGGUUACGACUCGGGGAGUCAGCCAAAGAGGAAGAGAAUUGGCAAGUAG